AUAAUAAUUCGUAUUUAAUUUAGCAUACCAAAUCACAAACAUUUUCAACAAAUCAACACUCUGACAUCGAAAUCGAAAGAGUGAGUUUAAUUAGGAAUUGGAAACGUAUAGUUUUGUUUGUGUUAAUUCUAAGUGCUAUAGAAAAUUAAAAAAUAUUCUACACAUCCUAAAUGUUAUACUGUGAGUGAGCAACUCAUCCGAUCCGUCUACAUCAUUCAAUUGAAAAAUCUUAUUUGCAAUCGCAAUACGCGAGAGAAGAUAUCCUGAGAUUGUUUUUUUGUCAUCAAUGAAUAUGCAGUGAAAUGAAAUCAUAAUGCGUUACAAUUUAUUCGCGUUAAUACUAGUGGCUCAAUAGACACGGUAGCGGUGACUACUACUGAAUAAAAUGCCUUUUGUAAACAUAAAGAAGCAAUAUAUAGCAAUCGGCAUGUUAGUUUUUGUAGCUUUAUUUUUCUUUAAUACCCGACCGGCUUUCCAGUGUCAGAUAACUCAGGAAGUGAAUACAUACUUGCCUACAAUUUAUGGCAUUACACCAACCUAUGCCCGUCUUGCACAAAAGGCUGAUCUCACAAGAUUAUCACAGACACUUAUGUUAGUUCGAAAUUUUCACUGGGUUAUAAUUGAAGAUUCUGAAACAAAAACUAAGCUUGUUGAGAAUCUAUUAAAAGAAUCAACAUUAAAAUACACUCAUCUCAAUGUCAAGACACAGAAAUCCAAACAUUCCACUGCAAGUGGUGUAGAGCAAAGAAAUGCAGCUUUAAGCUGGCUUCGAGAUCAUUUACGGCAAGCAGAAGACAAAAAGGGUGUUGUAUACUUUAUGGAUGAUGACAAUACCUAUGCGUUAAAAGUCUUUGAUGAGAUGCGAAAAAUUAAGAAAGUCGGCGUUUGGCCCGUCGGAAUCGUUGGUGGUAUGAGAGUGGAGAUGCCUUUAGUCACCGAUGGGAAGGUGACCGGCUUCAAUGCAGUUUGGAAGUCGUUUAGACCAUUCCCAAUUGACAUGGCUGGUUUUGCGAUUAAUGCAACGUUGUUUUUGAACCAUCCAGAGGCGAAAUUCUCGAGAAAAGUCCAAUCUGGAUUUCAGGAAAGCGAGAUACUGAAGUACUUCACCACUCGAGAGGAAUUAGAACCUUUGGCCGACAACUGCACUAAAGUAUACGCUUGGCACACGCGAACCCAGAAACCCUCAAUAACGAACCCGAAAAAAUUGAAAACCCCUCCCAUACCCGACGAUCAUAUCGAGGUCUGAAGCUUCAACCGCAACGAAUAGGCAAAUUGUCAGAAAUUUCAAAAAUGGAACAUUUUCGAGUUUCAUUCCUGAGUAAGUCUACUUUGACCGAUGAAUAAACGAUUGACCAUAGACAAGCGUACGACAUUUCAGAUUUACUGUUUACAACUCAACAAAGCCCUAUUUCUGAAUAAAAAUCAACACUAUGCACAGGUAUGCAUAGUAGUCAUGCAAUGUACUAGCCCCGCACGUUGAUAUUGCGAUGGAACCUUGAUACAAAAACAGCUGCGUGACGUCAUCCACCGUAGAAAAGUACAGACAACAAAAAAGUUAUUAAUAAUAAUAUUCAUUUAUUUGCUUGAAUGCAGGUGAACAAUCAUUAUAAGCAUUUAAUUACCUACUAUUAUGAUAACAAAAAUAAAACAGGAUAACGAUAAUAAAAAACCACGUCGUAGAUUUACUCAAUACGCGUAAGCGCUGGCUGACCUUGCGCCCGUUACUGACACUGACAGUUCGACUACGUCACUAAGAUGGCCGCCACUCGCAAUAUCAACGUGCGGUUUUAUAUGCUUCCCUUUCUCUUAGGCUUGACAUUGCAUGUGAGUUUUGUACCUAGGACACGAAAAGGUCAAGAGUAAACUUAUUUUAAUUUAUUUAUUUUAAUCGAUUUUACAGUAUUGUAUGAACAAGAUUGAGCAAUAUUUAUGAAACAUCAUCGGACUGUUCAUCGAUGAAUUAACAGUGUUUUUUUAACUACAAAAAUAAAUCUUUAAAAAAAACGCUGUUAAAAUGUCGGCGGAGAUACGUUUAAGAUGGUAAAAUAAUUAGGUUAAGAUAUUUCGCGUUCAUAAUGUAAUUUUACCAGUGACAGAAUCUGACAAAACGAUAAAAUAUAAUUGUAGAAACAUGAUAUACACCAAUUUACUCCAAGUAAUAUAUAAGAUAUCGCUAUUUACUUAGAAACAGUUUAUUUCUUUGCUAUUGCAAAUUAUUUUUUAUACAUGACGUAAAAUUAUGUUUUUAAUAAUCAUUUCUUUUCCAUUGUAUUCUUAAUAAUUUAUGUCAUGGGUUUUUUAUAUAUCUCCGGCAAAAAAUAGAGAAGUUACAUAACAUAGGUAAAAGAUUUAAACUUAUGAUAUUUUGAAAAGCAAUAAUAAUUUUAUUUUUAUUCCCAGUAUUAUUUUAAUUGGUAUUAUUUUUCAAGUAUUUUGAAUAAUUUUAUGCUAAGUGCUAUUCUUCGCUAGUCUUAUUAUAUAUUCGUAUUAACGAUGUCUCAAAUUACUGUAAUACAAAAGGAUUACUAAAAUGAUAUUAUCUGUGAUUAGAAUUUUAAGCAUUGAUCAUCUCAUUUUUAUCGGUAACAUGCGCUGUCAAAUGUGUCAAACUUCAUUAAAAAAAAUGAUUUGACAGCUCCUGAAUCGAUACUUAAGUUUGAUUGGCAUUCUAUUACACUUUACUAUGUUUUUCAUUACACAAAAUUUGUUCUAUUAUUACUUAAGAUUUAGUGUCUGGUAAUAUUUUAUAAUGUUGGAGGAUCUUGUAUUGCUGAUGCGUAAAUAGCCCAUUAAAUUAAAAAAAACAAUCAAAUUAUUCAUAUAUUUUUGGUUCUCAUCCAUGCUGUAUAUGUAUUUGAUUCAUUUAUCUGUUUUGAUCAUAAGCUUAAAACGGAAAAAUGAAUUUAAUAACAUCGUUUAUAAUUUAUCGGUUCUUAUAGCGGUUAAUAAUAGCUUUAAGUUAUUUAAAGUACUCUAGGAGGGUCCUAAUAACGCACAAAACGUAUCAAACUAGUUCUAGCUUGUUCCUCUUAGAAAUUAUCGUAGGCAUAUAAUAUAGCAAUAUCUGACUAGCUGUUCUAACUUUGGUAGAGAAUUUUACUUAUAAAACUCACACUUAAAUCUCAAGAGUUUUUUAGCUGAACUAGCGUUCUAACGCCCAAUUGAAGCUACUUUAUUUAGAUAAUUGUCAUCUAUAUAAUUUUAUAUAAUAUAGUAGGAAAGCAUACAACGGACCUAAUAAAUGACAUUUGUAAUAAUUACUGUUAAGUAUUUAGUAGGAGCAACAGAGAUCUUAGCCACGAACUUCGUAUUUUAUUCUGUUGUGUGUUUUGUUAGUAUUAAAUGUAAUUUCUUUGUGUUUUUCGCGAACACAAUGUGUGUAUACGUGUGUAUUCGAUGCAUGUGCGUGCGUUUUAGUUCCAAAAACGGCCGUGGAGCGCUGCUCGAAGUUUUCGAAUAAAAGUUUUACGAUUUACGUACUGUUCGUGAUAAGGUCCCGUUGGCUCUUGAGCAACACAAUCAAUUAGGUUUAAUUAUUAAGAUUAGAUUUGUAUUUGAAAGAAAUAACUCAAACUUGAGCGAUUAGGUGUUUAAGUUGAAGGCAAUUCUUAAUCCAAUUUAAGUAGUGUAAUAAAUAUUAUUUGAGAUUAUCUUACAACGCAUAAUAUAUAUAGUUAAUACGCUCAAAGUCGAUCUUAUUUUAAGUCUAAGAGUAGUAUUUGUACUUAUGUAGGAUUAAUUUUGGAUUCUGUGAAUUCUUUAUUUCCAUAAUUAUAUCGAACAAACGGCCAGAGCCAACCUCUAUAUCUUAAUUGUGUUUUUAAUUAUUCGUAAAAAUUAGUUUUAUUGAAAUGUAUGUUAUCAGUAAUUUCGUAUUAUUUCGCAAAGGCCUAAACUUGAAACAUCUUUGACAUAGAUGGCGCUAAUUUAAAUAUUUGUUUUUGAAUAUGCAAUAUAUUAAUGGAAUAAUUUAUUUAUCACCGUAUUUAAUAUAAUGUAUGUAUGAAUUUUAACAGGGAUCGUUUGCUGUCUUACUGUAAGACUUUAUCGCAAUGUGUAAGAUUUUAUAACAAAAUGUGAAUAAAUUAUUCUACAGAA